GUACAGGUUUGGGGAUAGCACUCAUUUAUUUGAUUGUGUUAAUCAGGUAUAUAGAUAAAUGUGUUAUUUAAUUAUAUGAAUUAUAACAGACAUUAAAUUAUACAAACUGUCACUACUUAUUGGGUUUGGUGGUGUUUAGAACUCUUAAGAAACCAUAGCAACAUAUGUAUACACACGAGUGCCUAUAUGUAUGGGAGUUUUAAACCUAGUGUGUUUUACCCGACAUAACACUGGAAAUUUGAGCCAGUAAAUGACAUGGAUCACCAACCAGAGCUUUGUGUGUACUUUAACGUAAUGUAUUCACUAGAAAUGUGAUUCCGUGGCUCAGAUUGAAAACAGUGUUGUGUCAACAAGGUUGGGAUUUAUCGUAUGCCUACUAAUGGAGAGUAUCGCCCGUGUCGUGGAGCGUUCAUUAAGGAAAGUUUUGUCCAGGGAGAACUCGUCAGUGCCUCGGUGGGUUAACAUGUGACUAACAGUAAAAUGCCGGGUUAUGAACUUAAUACGACGGAGGGUCGUCCUAGAACAUGUCCUUCCUACAAUAGGUCUGGCAACCAAUCACGUGCUACAUCGUCACGGCCAUAUUCGCGCGGGACGUCACAAGGUGUUGUUUCGCAUCCCACGUCAAACGACGCUGAGGAAGAAGACGAUUACCACGUGGAAUUAUUAGAGUACGAAUGGCCAGAUUUACCUCCCCUUCCGCGAUUAAAGGAUGCCAUUACGCGUCAGAAGGUCAGUAGGGGGAUUAGUUAUCUACUUCCGGUAGACAAAGGAAAGAACUCUAUCAAUAACCGGUACCGUACUGACCUGCGAGCAAUGUUCCAGGAGCCAUACGCUAAUGAUGACUGUGGAUAUGAUGAUAGCAAAGUUAAACUCAGUGCCCAAGUUCAUUUUGAUACAAAUACUGUCAACACAAAGUGGUCAAAAAAACAUUUUGAUUCCAUCCCUGUAAAACUCAAUUCUGAUUCGGAAAAGGCAAAGCGGUUAUAUGUACGGUCGGCUCCAGCCCGGUAUGGCAGACAAUCCGGAAUGGAUCCCGACAAAAUGCGAACACGAUCAAGUUUGUUCCUUCCUAUGAAAAAAGAGGAACACCCGGAAGCGGCCAAACUCCGUGAAGAGGUCAAGGUCAUUCUCCAAAGUGUUCAAACGGAUGCGGAAUCUGAUGCGGAGUCACAAGAGGGAGGAAGCUAUCAGCGACGGAGAAGUGAAGUGUUGAGACCACGGAGAGGGACCGUGACGUAUCGGGAUAGUCUUGGCGUGACCGCCAUUAAACAACCACGUGUGGUAUUAACUGCGGAAAACUAUAAGUCAUACGAGGAUUUAAAGAGAACUAAAACACCAAAGAAGACCAUUCCAGAAACUUUCCAAUCAAAAUUUUUAAGUUUAGACGAAAAUCAACAUAUCUGGGAAUGGUUACACCAUGGUGAAGAGAUGUCGGACUUCCAGUUUUUCCUUUCUGUAUGUGGAUAGGACAGUGAGUAGUAAGAGAGAGAGAGAGAGAAAGUGUGUGUGUGUGUGUAAGAGAGUAUGUGGGUAGGAGAGAGAGAGAGUGUGUGUUUGUGUAAGAAAGUGGUUGGGUAGGAGAGAGUGGAUGGGUAAGAGAGUGGUUGGGUAAGAGAGAGUGGAUGGGUAAGAGAGUGGAUGGGUAAGAGAGUGGUUGGGUAAGAGAGUGGUUGGGUAAGAGAAUGUGGUUGGGUAAGAGAGAGUGGAUGGGUAAGAGAGUGUGGUUGGGUAAGAGAGUGGUUGGGUAAGAGAGAGUGGAUAGGUAAGAGAGUGGUUGGGUAAGAGAGGGUGGGUGGGUAAGAGAGUGUGGUUGGGUAAGAAAGUGGGUGGAUAAGAGAGUGUGGUUGGGCAAGAGAGUGUGGUUGGGUAAGAGAGUGGUUGGGUAAGAGAGAGUGGAUAGGUAAGAGAGUGGUGGGUAAGAGAG